AAUGUCAUCUUCUCGGGUUUGAGCACCCAGAUCAACCUGAACGAUGUGGCCGGACAGUUCCUGGCUAAAAUGCAGGAGACGCCCAUCGCCGAUGUGGCCCUGAUUCCCGGUGGAGCAUUCAGCAGCAACACCAUUGUUAAAACAACCAUGGCGACGCAGACCAUUACCGACAACAUCGUCCUAAGCUAUACGACGGAGACCGAGCGCGAUCGACUGCUGGAGGCUAUCCUCAUCAUCUGGAAAUCCGUUCUCGAACGCUUCCAUAUCACGGAUGUCCGCAUCGAGUUCGUUCACGCCAAACUCCCGGCGCCGGGUCAAACCAAGAUCACCGUGACCUAUCACAUCAUCUUCACCGGGCCCAAGUUGACCAUCAGCGUCAACGAUCUCCUCAUCAGUUUCCAGACGGCGUUCCAGGUGAAACCGAUUCUGGGCGUGACGCUCAUUCCUAUGACCGACACGAUGGCCGGUUCCGUGCAGAGUCUCAUUGAUUCCAUCGGUGUUAGCUACACGACGGAGGACGAACGUAAUGCCAAACUGCAACAGAUCUUCUCCAUUUGGAAAGUGAUUCUUGGAAGAUUCGGCUACGUUAACCCGGAAAUCACGGUCAUCAGCGAGAAACCGUUACCGGGGAAGAUUCUCACGUACAAAAUCACCUAUAAAGGCGGCACCAUCGAUAUCGCUCAAGUGUGGUACGAGUUCGAGAAGACACUGAAACAAAAAUACGUUCCGGGAAUUAUCACCAUUAACCAAUACGAAGAUACAACGACGACCACGGAAUCGCCGGUGGUAACCACUGAAGUAACGAUUACCCACAAACCUCCGGCCGUCACCACUACCACCGAAGGGUGGCACACGCCCUUGUGCUGGACCUUACCGCCCAAAAAGGUCAAGACAACAACCGCUCCUCGGCAAAGGACAACGGUUCCAUUGGUGGGUACCACGACAACGCCGACCGGAGAACUGGUAACGACGGAGGUACCGGAAGUGACAACUACGACGGAGGUAUCGGAAGCGACAACCGCCCCAGCGGUAACGACGUCGCGCGAGGCGUUGACGACUACGCCGCCGCUGAAGAUGUGCUGGACACUGUCUCCGAAAUCCUCGACAGCCAAGCCAGCCGUUACCACUCCCAAAUUCUUUGUAACCACGGUCAGCGAGGCCGAGACCACGACGCCGGAAACGCCGGUGGAGGAAACCACCGCUCCUGUUAUUUGCUGGACUAUUCCGCCUCGAUCCAGCACGACAACACCGGAAGGCGAGGGGAGCACUGCUCCGCCAGUAGCUUCGACCACACCGGAACACGAAACGACCACCCCAUCGGCUGAAGAGACAACCACGCCGUUAGGUGCAGUUACCACAACAGGACGGUGGACGUUACCGCCACGCAUCCGUACCACGACACAACCUGAAGUGGUUACAACGGAGGCGUCAGAAGUAACGACUACGCCGGGCAAAGUGGUAACUCAGCCAACACUUCCACCCAGAAUUCAGACAACAACAAGUAAUGAGGUCGUUACAACGGAGGUGCCGGAAGUAACGACUACUCCAGGCGAAGUGGCCACUCGACCGACACCGCCUCCGAAAAUCCAGACAACAACAAGCAAUGAGGUGGUUACAACGGAAACACCAGAAGCAACGACUACGCCAGGCAAAGCGGUAACUCAACCGACACUGCCACCAAAAGUGCAGACAACCACCGCAAACGAAAUCGUAACCACAGAGAUACCAGAAACGACUACCACCGAAGUCGUCCCACAAAUUACCACCACACCACCGUCACCGAUAAAAAGCACAACAGCGCCGAUAAAGAUGUGCUGGACGCUGCCACCAAAGACCACAACGAAGAAACCAGCUACGACAACGCCGAAGUUUUUCGUUACCACGGUGGCCGAAGCAGAAACUACAACACCUAAAACUCCGGUGGAGGAAACCACUACACCGAUGAUUUGCUGGACGCUACCGGUGAAAACUACCACGACGACGCCAAAAAUCGAACAUUUGACCACACCAGGCGCAGUUAAAUCUACUACUGCGAAGCGUGUAACGGCCACGUUACCGGUUACCAUUCGCAGAAUCCGUACCACCACAACCCGGGAAGUGGUCACCACGGAAGUUGCGGAAACGACAACGCCAGAAGUGACAGAAAGCACAACGACAAAACCAGCGGUAACGACAAGACAGCAAACGGUACCAAUACGUGAUGGUACCACCUCGCCGACUGAAGCGGUUACUACAGAGGCACCGGAAACGACGACCACGGAAGCGAAACAGACAGUGACACCGGUGCCGGGCAAGACGACAACUACCAGAAAACUAGCUGAAACAACAACUAAAACCAUGUUAACAGCUACACCGAACCGCAUUACCACAGCUGUACCGUGGACAUUACCGCGGAUUCGCACUACGACCCCUGCAGAAGUGAUAACCCCAGAGGUUACUGAAGCCACAACGCCCGAGGUGACAGAAAGCCCUACUACGGCCCUGUCAAUCGUUACGACAGCGAAACCAGAAGUCUAUACUACAGAAAAGCCAGAGGUUACCACACCGGAAAUUCCUGUGGAAAGUACCACCAAACUAAUUCAACCUGUUACCACUACACCGCCCAUCAAGAUUUGCUGGACCUUGAAACCGAAACCAACGGCUGGAGCUAGCACACCGGGACCUGUUGCCACCACACCGAAAUUUUUCGUUACCACAACCGAAAAUCCGGUUGAAGAAGAAAGCACCACCCCGAUAAUCUGCUGGACCGUCCCACCAAAGGUCACUGCUACACCUGCAGUGGAAACAACUACGUUACCAACUGAAACCACUGAGGUGGUUCCCUCCGUAACCACCACAAUUCCAUCGCGUGAGCAAGUAGAAACGACAACAACCGAAAUCCCGGAAAUCAGUACCACCGAAAAACCGGUUAUUUCCACGGUUGCCAAAGCGGUAACAACGCGACCCACACCGGCCACAACGCGAUGGACACCAAAAUCUGUAACCACUGUGAAACCCGUAACUCUUCCGCCGCUGAAACCAACUACCACUACAGAAGAAGUCGUGACAACCGAACGAACGCAGGGAACAACGGUGCGACCACAACCGACGACGACACCGACGUUUCAGCUGUGUUGGACACUGCCACCACGCACUACCACUCGCGCAACACAGCCAGCAGAAACUGUUACUGCUACGGAAAGCACUACCACCGAAGCCGAGACAACUACCGAAGCGCCGACAACCGUUGCAGCGCCGGUUACCACGACCGCGAAAUCUACCUUAGCGCCUAAAACGACGAUAAAACCAACGGUACCAGCUGGAACGGCGGCGAAGAUCUUCAUCCGCACGACGACCGAGCAACCACCCACACCGGCAACAGCGCCACCGGUUUUAUGUUGGACUUUGCCACCCCGCACUAAAACGUCAACUGUUAGAAGGACAACCGCAGUUACGGAGAAGCCAACCACGGAGCUCCCGGAAGUGACCACACCGGAGGUUACCGUAACGCCCACUACCACUACACCGGCGGUGAAACCAGUAGUGACCACCAAACGCUGGACACUUCCACCCCGUGUAACCACAUCCUUAAAAGAAACUACGACCACGGAGUCACCAGAAAUUACUACCACCGAAGCACCGGCAUUCAGCACCACCAAGCGCGUCCAGCCACCAGUAAGCACUGCAACACCACCGAUUAAGAUCUGCUGGACUCUAACGCCGAAACCGUCAUCGGAUACAACUACGCCGUCGGCUGCCGUUACCACACCUAAGUUCUUCAUUACCACCGUAGCCGAAAGCGAGACCACGACUACCGAAACCCCGGUGGAAGAGGGUACCACCACACCUGUUAUGUGCUGGACCGUUCCUCCGAAAGCCACCACCGCGCAACCGAUUGGUACAACGACACCAGUUACACUGCCAUCAACAGUUCCCAGAAUUCGCUCUACCAAGCCCGCGCAGGUUACAACUACGGAAGUGUCUGAAGAAACGACCACGCCAGCCAAUGUUGUGACAACCGAGGCACCAGAAGUAACUACCACACCUUCAGAAGUGGUAACCACAGAAGCUCCGGUGGUAACUACUACCGUACCGGAAGUGGUGACCACCGAAGUCACCGUACCGUCCAUUACCACAACCAAUGGGAGACCAGUAGUGACCACCAAACGCUGGACACUUCCGCCCCGCGUUAUCACUACCACCCAGCAGAUUACGACCACCGAGGCACCAGAAAUUACUACUACCGAAGUACCGGCCGUCAGCACCACCAAACGCGUCCAGCCACUGGUAACCACAGCAAAACCACCGAUUAAGAUUUGCUGGACCCUUACACCGAAACCGUCGUUGGAUACAACUACGCCGUCGGCGGCGGUUACCACACCGAAGUUCUUUGUUACCACCGUCGCCGAAUCCGAAACUACCACCCCUGAAACUCCGGUGGAAGAGGGUACCACCACUCCGGUUAUGUGCUGGACCGUUCCGCCGAAAGCUACCACCGCAAAACCAAUCGGUACAACGAAGUCGGUUACACUGCCACCGACUGUGCCCAGGAUUCGAACGACCACGCCCACGGAAAUAGUAACUACGGAAGUACCGGAAGAAACUACCACGUUGCCAAGCGUCGUGACCACCGAAGUUCCGGAAGUCACGACUGCACCGCCAGAAGUGGUAACCACAGAAGCACCAGUCGUAACUACACCAGCGGAAGUGUUGACCACCGAGGCGCGACUGGUGACCACCACUCUAACAAAUACCACCCCGGAAAAACCCGAAAUAACUACCACGACAACUAAACGUGCGACAACGGUAAGAUGGACGGUCCCCCAACGGUUACCAACCACAACUCUAAAGGAAGCAACGACGACGGAAAUUCCGGAGGUAACUGCCACGGAAAUACCAUCAGCAGCUACGACAAGGCCCACGCAACCAGGCAAAGGGACCACGGCAACACCACCGAUCAAAAUGUGUUGGACAUUACCGCCCAAAACUUCGACACCAAAACCGGCGACUACCACCUCGAAAUUUUUCGUUACGACGGUGGCGGAAACGGAGACGACCACGCCAGAAUCACCAUCGGAAGAAACCACCACGCCGAUGAUUUGCUGGACGCUUCCGGCUAAAACUACCACCACCACUCCGAAACUCGCAAAGACAACAGCACCCUUGUUGGUAACUACGACACCCGCCGUUCCUCGCUCAACGGUACCACCGUGGACGUUACCAAGAAUGCGUACGACGAGACCGCCGGAAGUGGUCACCACCGAGGUAACGGAGACCACAACCCCGGAGGUAACAGAAAGCACCACAGUGAGAAUCCCACCGGUUACACCGACACAGAAGCAAACAGCGUCCAAACCAUCGACAUUACCACCACGGAUCACCACGACAACCGAGGCACCAGAAACAACCACAACCGAAGUUGCAGUUGUAACUACAGCUCCUAAAGUUCUGUCAACCACGGCGCCAAUAAAGAUAUGCUGGACGCUCACACCAAAAACCACAACAGCCAGGCCUGCUACAACUACCCCCAAGUUUUUCGUCACCACGGUGUCGGAAACGGAAACCACGACACCGGAAACUCCUCUUGAAGAGACCACCACGCCCGUGAUUUGCUGGACAGUUCCGCCAAAGGUGACGACCGCCCCUCCAGUUGUUACCACCGUGCCGUCGCGGGAACUCGUAGAAACAACAACACCGGAACUUGCGGAAACCACCACGACGGAGGCGCCAUCUAUCCCGACCGUAAAAUCCACGGUCGCGACGAACCGCCCAGUGGUGACCACUAAAUGGACGCUGCCACCGAAAGUCGUAACAACCGCCACUGCAGCCAGGACUACCACAACGGAAGCCGAAGAAGUUACCACGACCACCGAGGAAAUACCUUCAACUACAGUGGCUCCAGUCGCAACGACGCGUGCCACGGUGAAACCGCUGGUUACCACCAAGAAACCCGAAGUCACCACAACGGCUGCACGGAUCGGCACUACAACGUACCAGUUAUGCUGGACAUUACCACCUCGCACCACCACACAGCAAGUGGCAACAACGACCGAGGCUGAGGUAGUGACUACGACGGAAGUACCACCACCCCCAGCAACCAAAACUACGCAAUUCAAGGCAACGGUACAGCCACGAACAACAACUCCCAAGGUGUUCAUUCGAACCACAACGGAGCAGCCACCCACACCUGCCACCGUGCCGCCUGUGAUGUGUUGGACACUGCCACCGCGAGCAACAACCAAACCAUCGGUGACGUUACCUCCAGUUACAAAACCAGCAACAGCUAAACCAUUGUUCACGACCGCUCCACCAAAGGUCACGGUGACGGAGGCAGUGACCACCGAGAUCCCUGAAACGACCACUCCUGAAGCGACGAAUACGGUAACUCCAAUUCGAUCUGUAACCACUGCGCCGACGGUAACGGAAGUUACUACACCGGUGGUAGCAGAAACCACAACCACCGAAUUGUCACCCGCAACAACGACUCAGUCGUCUAGAACGGUAACGCCUGCGACCAAAAUCUGCUGGACAUUGACACCGAAACCGUCCACUCGGGUUCCGCCUGUGGCAACGACACCCAAGUUCUUCAUUACGACAACCGAGUCACCGGUUCCCGAAUCAACCACCCCGGUAAUCUGUUGGACAGUCCCACCGAAAACCGCAACCCCGCCACCAGUUUCGACAACAGCACGCUGGACGCUGCCGAAGGUUCGGACGACCGCGCCGCCGGAAAUCGCUACCACUGAAGUCCCGGAAACAACUACCACCGAGGCGACUGAACCGACCACCAGUAAGUUACCUGUCACUACCACAUUGAAACAGAUAGUAACCACGAAAUCAUGGACUCCGCCGCCGCGAGUCAUUACCACCACUCAAGCGGUAAUCGUCACUACCGAAGUUCCGGAAACAACUACCACCGAGGCGACCGAAAUAACCACCAGGAAGCCACUUCUCACUACCACACCGAAACAAGUAGUAACCACUAAAUCAUGGACUUUGCCGCCACGAGUCGUUACCACCACUCAAGCGGAAAUCGUUACCACGGAGAAACCAGAGGGCACCACCACGGAAGCGAUAAUCCCAAGCACAACCAGUAAAAUACCGAUUGCCACAACAACCCCGCCGGUUAAGAUUUGCUGGACGUUAACUCCCAAGACAACCUCGGUAUCAGGAACCACUCCGCGACCGGUCGCCACAACCCCGAAAUUUUUCAUCACAACGACUCCCCAAUCUUACGAAGAGUCGACCACCCCGGUCAUCUGCUGGACAGUACCACCAAAGGUCACCGUAACCGCCGAGGCAACCACAACAACUCCGGCCGUCGAUACCACGGAAUUCGUUCAGACCGAGAGAACAACGGUACCGUCUCGAGAUUUGGUGGAAACGACCACACCCGAGACGCCAGAAACCUCCACCACCGAGGCGCCAAGCGUUACGACCACCCGACCAGCGGUGGCAACUACGAGAAAGACUUUGCCUACCUUCAGAUGGACGCUACCACCAAAAGUAGUCACAACACCAGCGAGAACUACCACGACGACCGCAGGAAAGACCACCAAGAGACCGAUCCCCGUUACCACCCCGGCGAACCAGGUGACCACCAAGGCGACCGUGAAACCGACUACGCCGACGUACCAAUUAUGCUGGACACUGCCGCCACGGACAACCCCCACCAAAACGCAGACGACCACCCCUGGAAAAGUUAUGACAACCACCAGUGAAGCGGAGACAAUAACAACGACGGAAAUUCCUGAAGUAACUACCCAGGCAAGAGGGACGCUCCCGCCCAGGACGACGACUCCGAAGGUGUUUAUCCGUACAACAACGGAACAGCCUUCCCCGCCAACGCCAGCAACGGUACCGUCGGUUCUCUGCUGGACGCUGCCGCCACGGACCGCGAAGAUGACAACGGCGCGACCACUGACGACAGCGUCGACUGUUGUAAAGGAAAAGCCGCCGGUGACCGCCGCGUCCACGAUUCCAACCACGCGGGCAAAGACACUGCCACCAUGGACACCAUGGAAACUGCGCACCACAACUCCCGGUUACAAAGAAACCACAAUCACCGAGAGAGUAACCACUGAAGUACCCAUCAUUACCACCACCGAAACCGUAGAAACUACAGCCACAGCCGUCACUAUUACUACCCCGAAACCGGUGGCAUCCACCGCCACCACCCGCAUCUGCUGGACCCUGCCCCCGCACGCGGCCACAACGCCGUCACCCACCCGCACAACCCUUCCCAAGGUCUUCGUGACCAGCACCCCGCGAACGGAAGAAGAGAGCACCACGCCCAUGAUCUGCUGGACGGUUCCGCCGAAAACAACCACCCAAGCGCCGGGUACCACGAAAGCCAAGGAGGUCGUAACCACGAAGAAACCAUGGACGCCAUGGAAGGCAGUUACAACGACACUUGGUUGGCGCGAGAGGACGACAACCCCGAUUAUGGAAACAACUACUCCGGUCGAGGAAGAGACGACGACUACAGCGCCGGCUACGUUAGCUACCAAGUUUGUCUGGACGCCAAAACCAGCAUUGACGACCACAAGAAAGGCACCGGUGAUAACAACAGCAGCGAGAGUUGUAACGACGCCGUUACUAGGAGCAACGACAACAAUUCCUAAAGCCGUUACCACGCCACCGAUUAAAAUUUGCUGGACGAUGCCGCCAAAGCGUCAACAACGACAACCACGCCACCGAAAACGAGCACUCCAAAACUGA